CAUUGUAACAUAUUGAGCUUUUAAUAAUUUGAUUGAAGAGGUUAGGCUGAGGGCGCUGCAAAAAUCUAAAUACUAGUAAUAAAUAAGAAUGGUUGCUGGCAGCUUCUACGAAACAUGAUGCUCGUGGACUACCAUAACCAUCUCUGCGUCAAAGCAUAGACCUUGGUAACCAUUUUGUGCCACCUGUUUUUACUCUUCCUUCCUUUUCAACCGUAAAAAGAGAAGUUGCUAUUUAAUUUAAUUCAAAGAAAACCAAAAGCAGCCCUGAGUUUCAGGGAACCUCGAUUUGGGCACUGACUCAUUUUACAAAGGUUAAGCACCUUUACUAUAAAUAUAAGACCCUUCUCUGAUCCACUCGUUACACCAUUCAACGUAUCCUUUUCUUCCUUCAAUCACAUACAAUACAAAACAAUUCAGUGGUUUGUGUUACUACGUUAGAAUGGGUUCGUCGCCGAAUUCAAAGCCCAAGAUCAUUAGAGGCACCGCAGGCUAUGUGUUGGAGGAUGUUCCACAUAUGGCCGAUUACAUCCCUGAUAUUCCAACAUAUUCUAAUCCUUUGCAAAACAAUCCUGCUUACUCAGUUGUCAAGCAGUAUUUCGUGCACGUCGAUGACAGUGUUCCGCAGAAGAUAAUUGCUAAUAAAGAUAGUCCAAGAGGGGUACAUUUUCGGCGUGCAGGACCUCGUCAAAGGGUGUAUUUCGAAUCAGAUGAUGUUCAGGCUGCAAUUGUGACAUGUGGUGGUCUAUGCCCUGGCCUCAACACCGUCAUUAGGGAACUAGUAUGUGCACUAUAUCACAUGUAUGGCGUCAAGAAAAUCUUGGGAAUCAAUGGAGGAUACAAGGGUUUUUAUGCUCACAAUACAAUCACUCUAACUCCUAAAAGCGUGAAUGACAUACAUAAGCGUGGGGGAACUAUCCUUGGUUCAUCACGAGGUGGACAUGAUACCACUAAGAUAGUUGACAGUAUUCAAGAUCGGGGAAUUAAUCAGGUUUUUAUAAUUGGAGGAGAUGGAACUCAGAGGGGUGCAGAUAGGAUUUUUGAGGAAAUUAGAAGGCGUCGUCUCAAAGUUGCAGUUGUAGGAAUCCCCAAAACCAUAGAUAAUGACAUCCCGGUUAUUGAUAAGUCCUUCGGCUUUGACACAGCUGUUGAGGAGGCUCAACGUGCUAUAAAUGCAGCACAUGUUGAGGCUGAAAGUGGUGAAAAUGGCAUAGGUGUUGUUAAAUUGAUGGGCCGGUACAGUGGGUUUAUUGCAAUGUAUGCUACUCUGGCCAGUAGGGAUGUGGACUGUUGCUUAAUUCCAGAGUCACCCUUUCACCUUGAAGGUCCAGGUGGACUUUUUGAGUUUACAGAGAAAAGACUAAAGGAAAACGGCCACAUGGUUAUUGUGAUUGCUGAAGGGGCAGGACAGGAACUUGUUUCUGAGAGCAUCCAAUCCUUGAACAAGCAGGAUGCUUCUGGAAACAAACUUCUUCAAGAUGUUGGGCUAUGGAUAUCCCAAAAGAUAAAGGAUUAUUUUAACAAACAGAAGAGAAUGACCAUAAAUCUCAAAUAUAUAGAUCCAACGUAUAUGAUCCGAGCAGUUCCAAGCAAUGCUUCUGACAACGUGUACUGCACACUUCUUGCUCAAAGUGCUGUUCAUGGAGCCAUGGCAGGUUACACUGGAUUUACAAGUGGACUUGUCAAUGGAAGACAAACGUACAUACCCUUUUAUAGAAUCACUGAGGGACAGAACAAAGUGAUAAUUACUGAUAGAAUGUGGGCUAGGCUUCUGUCUUCAACAAAUCAGCCCAGUUUUACGAUUGCUAAGACUGUCUCUGAAGAAAAGAGGGAAGAAGAAGCAAACGGUCAUGUCUCUGAGUAAGGGCAUUGUUCAAAUAACCAUUUGGCUUAGAAAGAAGUCGGCAGCAUUUUUCACCCUGCUAUAUAUGUACAUGUUUAUUGUAUUCAUUUUAUCUUAUAUCUUGCAUUGUAAGUAAUAUAUUUGAGUUUAUCUUUUUGCCCUUACACGAUGAAAAGAUGGCUGUGAAGAACUCAGCAUUAACAUGAGGAAGAUAUUCUAUUAUUCUUUUAUUAUGUUUUGUCCCGUGUGCUAAUCAUUCGAAAGAGUUCAGCUUUAUCCACAAA